AUGAACGAGUCUGAAUUCAUCAAGAACGCCAACGAGACGAGGUGGAGAUUUCACUGUUGGUAUUAUCCAAGCUUUGAGUGGGAACUGGUUGAAACUACACUUCCGUGGUUUAUAUUUGUCAUUACAAUUCUUGCAGCUCCCGCUGCCGUCGUGCUGAACGUGUUAGAGAUUGUAGCUGUGAGAAAGAAAAAGCAAUUGCAAAGAGUUUCCACCAUAAUGCUGAGCAGUUUGGCGGUUGCAGACGUUUUGACUGGUGCUGUAUCCAUGCCGUUAACAGCAGCUGUUGAUUUGUUAAUAGCUCAUCAAACUUUUCUCGACCAUGUAUGUAUAGUAGACUUCUUGGGCGUAACCGUGAUGUUCUCUGCCUCUCGGACAGCACUGUCUCACUUGACAGUAAUUGCUUGGGAAAGGUACAUGGCAGUCUGCAGAUGGACGGACUACAAAACGAUCGUAACAAGAGGCCGGGCGAAGAAACUUGCUUUAUUCGCUUGGCUGCCUUUCAUGAUCGUAACUCCUUACUUCGUUUUAAGAGGGACUAGCGGGGAUGUUGAGUGGUUUGAAAAUGUAGAUAUAAUCGAAGGAAUGUUUUGGGGAGUAGCAGUAGUAACAGCUAUCGUAUAUUUUUAUGUUAACGUGUACCUUGAAGUGCGAAAUCGAAAAAGGAACGAAGUCAUCGAUGUUAACGCUUUACUUCAGGCAAAACAGAGCGCUAGAGUGGCUAAAACGACUGGUCUUAUAACCGGAAUAGUAAUCCUCUCGUUUCUUCUACCUUCAAUCGUAGCGAUUUUAGGAAACUUUUUCACAAUCAUGCGUAACACUUGGUUUUUCCGAUUAACCGAGACAUUGAUGCAAUUAAACUCAUUAGCAAAUCCAUUGGUUUACUGCUAUAGAGAUCGCCGCUUUAGAAAUGCCAUUCUAGAGAUGUUACGAUUAAAAAAGUCAGAAAAAUUCAUGCCAAACGACGGUGCCACUCGAAGAUUAGCAGCUUCAGUAAAGAAUCCUUGCUCACCAGAUCUUCCUUUGCGAAGAACAGCAUCUUCCUCUGGUUUUGCUUUGGUUUUAGAAUCCGUGGGAACGUCUAAUGGAACAAGGCCGAAAAGAUCCAUGUCAGCUCCAUCGCUUGGAUUAAGAAGCACCUGUGUAGAUGUUGUAUAA